CCAACAGUAAAGCACUGUUAUUCAAAAAUACAGUUGAAUACUGUGAAUGCAAACCGUUUUUGGAAAAAAAACUUUUAAUCGCAAACUGCUGUUUAAUUCAACGGUACAGAACAGUAUUUUUUAAGUCUAGUCACGUGUCCAAAGCUGUUUCGAAUGCUCACAACUCCUCAGAAGAGAAACCUGCAGGUCUAAUCUGAGCAAGAUCAUCAAAUCUAGCCUCAUCUUUUCACCUGGUGUACGUAAAUAUUGCAGAACGAAGGAUAAAGAGUUUUAGAACACAACAAUUUUGAGGUUUGUCCCGAGUCGACUAUGAACUGAACGGCUGAAGCUGAACUGGUCGAGAUAAACGGCAUUCCCGCACUGGGUUUUCCCUCCUUGCUUGAGGUAAAUGCAAUUUUAUCAUUUUCAAUGUUACACUGUACUAACCUUUAUUAUAUUAUUUGCUAAUAACAAAUCGAUUUUUCUGAGUAUUAUGUACUGAAUUAGCAACAUGUUAGCUACGUUUGCAUUCGACGUAAGUUUAGUUUAUUUUAGCUCAAAGAGGGCUUGUGUUAAACUAGCAUGGUUAUUUUGCCGUUGAUAUUUGCUGACUGCAUUAUAAAAUGUUAAUCUGCAAUAUUUGCAAUAAAACCUGCAGCAAUUCCUUUACGCAUGUCAGGCACAUGCGGAUGCAUAGUUUUUUGCCUAAUGCAACGUUUAAGUGCGGUUUCCCUCAGUGCACAAGAGUUUUUUCAAAAUUUUCAGCCUUUAAGUGUCACACAUAUGGUCAUAAAUUUGGAAAGAAUAAGACUAAACUGCAUAAAACUGAUGAUUUAACGUGUCACGUUGACUUUUGUAGCUCGAAGUGUGAGGAUAUCCGGGGUCUAAUCUUACACCUGAAAAACCACAUUACUGAAGGUAAGACUGUUACAUGCCCAUUCAGAAAAUGUAACCAAAAAUUUACUGUCAAGUCUACAUUCACAUCACAUGUCUCAAGAAAGCAUAAACAUUGUUCUAAUGAAAGUCUACUUGACUCAGUUGCAAAUCCUGCCAGUACUAGUGAUGGUAAUAAUACAAGUUGUGAUAUGCAAACUGACGAUUUCUGUCCUGAAGAAAUGGAUGUGUUCCCAGAAAAGGAAGAUGAAGGAGAAUUUAUAAGACAUUUGGCCUUGUUUUAUCUGAAACUUCAAUCUAAAUUGCUCCUUCCAUCUUCUACUAUUCAAACCAUCAUUGAACACUAUCAGGAAAUACAUGACAUAAAUCAGUCACAUCUAAUUUCCAAACUUGUGGAUAAAUUGACAUUGCUUGGACUAACUAAAGAUGACAUAAACACUGUGAUUGAUACCAUGAAAAGUGAGGAUCUCCACAGGGCUUGUAAUACUCAUGCACUUAAAUCUGACCAUAAGAGAAAAAAAUUUUUCAAAAAUAACUUUAGUUAUGUAGAGCCCGAAUCCAUUUGUCUUGGUAAAAAUGAGUCGGGCAACGAAUGUUUUGUGCAAUAUAUUCCUGUGAAAAACACGAUUGUGUCCCUUUUGUCCUCAGAGUCAGUGAGAGACCAGCUACAGCAAAUACAAACUAGAGUCCAGACUGAUAAUAUUUUUCAGGAUUUGUGGGAUGGCACAAACAUUAAAAAGAACUUACUACUCAAGCACACAACAUCUUCAAUUGGCAUAAUCCUUUAUCAGGAUGCCUUUGAAGUAGUAAACCCCCUAGGGUCAGGGAGGAAAAAGCACAAGAUUUUAGCCAUGUAUCUGACACUUGCAAACAUUUUACCACACAACAGAUUGAGUCUUGAUCAGAUGCAACUUGUACUGUUAUGUCGAGAACAAGACUAUAAGCAUUUUGGACAGAAUCUAGUGUUUGGCUCUCUGGUGAAAGAUUUAAAGGAUUUUGAGACAAAUGGAGUAAUACUGCCAGAUGGCCAGCUCUGCAAAGGAACCCUUUAUGCAAUUUCAGGUGACAAUUUGGGUUCACACAAUAUUGGGGGCUUCACUGAAAAUUUUAGCAGAAGCUCAUAUUUUUGCAGGUAUUGUGAGAUUAAUCGGGAAGCAUUUCUGGCAGACCCUCUGGCCAAGGGCCCUGACCGCACACCACAGUCAUUUCAGAAACAUGUUGAGGAUCUGAGUUGUAACGUAGAAUCACGUGACUGUGGUGGUGUUAAAUUUGACUCCAUCUUCAAUGAGCUCACAUAUUUUCAUGUAUGUCAGCCCGGAUUACCUCCUUGCCUUGGUCAUGACCUUUUUGAGGGCGUUGUCUCAACUGAUUUGGUGUUAUACCUCAACCACCUUGUGUCAAAAGAGAAAAACUUUACUUAUGUUCAGUUGAAUCGGCGCAUAAAUCAAUUUAAAUAUCUAGGCAAUGAUGCUAACAACAAACCUUCUGAGGUGAACCCAGGGGCUGGAAAACUCUCCGGACAUGCAGUUCAAAAUUGGUGUUUCCUGCGAAUGUUGCCAGUGUUAAUUGGUGAUAAAAUAAAAUGUCCUGAAGAUAGUGUAGCAUGGCAACUUAUCUUACAGCUGAGAGAAAUUGUAGAGCUUGUUUGUGCACCAGCAAUUUCCACAGGUCAGGUAGCCUAUUUACGAGUUCUGAUAGAUGAAUAUUUGCAUACCAGAACACAGAGUUUUGGGGAACAUCCACUUAAGCCUAAGCAUCACUACCUAAAUCAUUAUCCAGAACUUAUCAUUCAGUUUGGGCCACUCAUCCGUUUAUGCACAUUAAGGUUUGAAAGUAAGCAUACUUACUUCAAACAAUGUGCAAGGAAGCUUCAUAACUUCAAAAACCUCUGCAAAACUCUUGCUGAAAGACAUCAACUUUUACAAUCUUUUCUAAGUACUGGGUCACUGUUCCCACCCUCUGUAGUAGUAGAGAAGGGAACUGAAUUCAUUGCUGGAGACUACAAUGCCAAGAUAAUACAGUCAGUUGGUCAUCUGAACUUUGAUCCUCUUCAUACACUUAUAAGUCAUAGUGUGACUGUAAAAGGGACAACUUAUAAGAGCAACAUGUUUGUGGUGAUAGGCCAUAAUGAUGACGGACUUAUAGUAGGACAAAUCAAAAAGGCUAUCAUUCAUAACAAUUCAGCUGUGUAUUUUAUCACUGAGGUAUACCAGGCUGUUCGUCAACCUUACAGUAACAGUUAUUGCACUACACCAAUGCAGGAGGCCUAUUACUGUGUCAGUCAAUCAGAGCUUCUUGAUUAUUACCCACUGCCUAAAUAUUCAGUUUGUGGCAUGUCUUUGGUAACUCUUCACCACUCUGUCCCCACAUUUUAGAUUCCUUUCCUACAUGUCAAUCCAUAACGAGAUAAAGGCUAUCAUCCUCAGGGCUUUGCCCAGUCUGACUGAGGAGAUUCGAGAACAUGUCAUCACUUCACUUGAACGCUCAGGUGUGGAAUCUAUAGAAGACCUCGUAUAUGUACAACAGGAAGAUCUCAAAGAUGUCCUGCCUAUUAUACAGCAAAGGAAACUUUUGGAGGCAUUCAAACUUGAAACUACAAAAGUCACACUUGAUCUCCAAAUAUUGCCAGAUGAGUCAACAGAUACAAGUAUGUCUUCACUCUCCAGUCCACAGCCUUGCACAUCUUCAAGCUCAAGCUCUUCACGAGCAUCAACACCUUGUACUUUAAGCAAGGCAAGCCAAUCACCCAACAUAUCCAGUAAGUGGUAUGAAAAUUUUGAGAUUCCUUGGGAUAAAAUGCCUGUGGAAGUGCAGUCAGCUAUUGCCAACAGCAAGCGCCCUGCUCCUGACAAGCGACGCCAGAUGAUACGUAUCCUAGCUGAUGAAAUCAGGAAAUGUGAGAAUAACCCCACACGCAAUGAAUGUCUCAUCAUCUGCCGCAACAUUGUUAAGCAUUUCCCCAACAGUUUUGCAGAUAUGACACCAAGCGGUGUCAUCAUUGGUAGUGGAUGUACUUCACUGCUUUGUCAAUUAAAAACAAGAAUUGAGAACAUGAACCGUGCAGGGACAAAGAACAGACUCCGAACUUCAAAAGUGCCUGGACAACAGCAUCAGAGGCCAAGUGAUUCUUAUGGAUGCACACAAUUUAACCCUGAACUGCCACCAGAAGAAACAUAUGAAACACUGGAGCAGAAGAGGCAACAGUUGGAGACCAUUUAUAGACAAGAAGGUAUUCGCAGUGGUGAGAAGGGGGAAGUGAUUAACCUUAUGAAAACAACAUUCUGUCUUCAGCGUAGACACAUAAAUCAGGCUCCAUCACCGUCCAUCGAAGAUAUGAGAAUCCAGUGGCCUUACCUUUUUACACAAAGAGGUAUCUUCAUUCACUUCGAGUUACUAACUGACAUUAACGUGUUACGUGUCUUGGACCUAUCCAUUAAGGAAUGUGGACAGGGAAUCAGGAAGUACCUGCAGACCAAAUCAAAGAACAAAGAUGUGCAGUCUAUCGUCACCCAGGAUGAAGAUGGAGAGUUGACUCUAAUACAGCUGCUGAUGGCCUACUUCGAUGAAGGGAUAGAGGGACUAAUACUCCGUGCUGAUAUAUCUGCCACGGCAGCAGAUGUUGAGAGCACUCUGACCAUCCCCGCCUCUCCACGACUGAUACUGCUGUUUGCCGGUGAUGAAGCCACAAUUGGAGGAUGGAUGAUCACCAUCGAAAAUCAUGUAAUCUGUGAAGGUGUCGACCAAAGCAUCAUCACAGGGCUAGCUGCAGUUUUCUCUACUUACUACAUCUUUAAUCUACAGUACCAAGAAGAAGCUUCAAGGACCCUGGAGUUUGUACAAAGGCGCUUCAUUGGUUUGAAUCCAGAGAGAGGGACAAAGGCCAGCCAGGUGAAGGUGAUCUCCAAAAAGACGGGGAAACUUGUCCAUAAAAAGACUGCAACUGUGAAUGUCCACGUAGCCAACCUGAUAAAAAAUCUUUUGGACUUUGAGUGGGGUUUUGUGCAGUAAUACAAAGCCAGUACAGCUGAUGUUCAACAUCCUGUUUCAGAGCUGAAGUCGCUGCUGUGCUCUGCAGUUGAGUGUUAAUGCAAAGUCAGUACAUUGUUCUGCAUUUGAGUGUUCAGUUGAAGUCAGUGCAGUAUUCUGCGAUUGAGUGUUAAUGCAAAGUCAGUACAUUGUUCUGCAUUUGAGUGUUCAGUU